GCAGAGCUAGUGAAAGGGAACCUGCAAAGCGUUGGGCUCACACUCCGCCUUGUGCAGUCCAAGGAAGAAGAUGCAGGACACGUUGUCAUUGAAACUGUGACUCCAAACUCGCCUGCUGCAGCUGCUGAUCUACAGAGGGGAGACAGACUUCUCGCAAUUGGCAGUGUUAAAAUCACAUCAACUGUCCAAGUGUUGAAGCUUAUUAGACAGGCUGGGGACAGAGUUUUAGUCUUUUACGAACGGCCUGUUGGGUAUAAUCAGCAUGGCUCGGCACUGCAGGAUGGAUUUGGACAAUUGGAAGACACUGCUUUCCUGACACAGCCAGAAGAUGACCAAGCUAGUUUAUCAGCUGAUGUUGAUAACAGAGACUUUGAUUCAGAAUUUGAGGACUUAGCUUGUGAAUCAGCCAGCCAAAAAGAUGAUCUACCAACCGCUCCCAGUCCCAAACAUUCAGUAGUAAUACUUGCUGCUAAACCACUUGGAACUAUCUCUCCGAUUCUGAAUCGAAAACUACAUUUAGGAAGUUAUCAGACAACAUCAAAAACACAACAAAAAGAUGGAGCUAAAGUGGCAACACCCAAAACUGUUGAGGGCUCAGAUGCAACACAGCAAUCAGGUAAACAAUCACAAGGAUCCAGUAUUAAGCCUCCUGUGCCACCUAGGCCACAAAGUAAGCUUAUUUUACCUACUAGUGAAACCCAAAGUCUCUUAGAAACUGGAGGUGUAUCUUGUGAAAAACCAGAGAGGCCACCUCCACCUGCAAAUAACGGAGAUAAAUGUACAGAGAAGGUAGUAAAGAAUAAUGAUCAAAUAGAAGACCCAGUGGUAUCAAAAAUAAUAACAGCACCAAAACAAGAUACAUUAAAAGAUGGACUUUCAGAAAAUGCACGUAGUUACAAAGAUGGUGGAGAUGAUCAUCAAACAUGGGAAUCACCAGAAAUUCCUUAUAAAAUCCAUCAAGGCCGAUGGCCAAGGACAAGAACAUCUUCCUGUCUGUUUGAAGUAGAAGGAUACCAUAAGUACCUUAAUGUUGCACUGUGGUGCAGAGACCCUUUCAAAGCAGGUGGUUUUAUCUGCUUAGGAUAUGCAAGCAUAAAACUUGAAGAAAUUGCUUUAGAUUGUAUAGCUACAUCCUCAAUGGAAUAUAUUAGAACAUUUAAACUGAGUGCUCCUACACCUAAAGCAGCAGUCACUAGAACAGCGUUGCGGAAUUUGACAACCCAUAAGGGGUUCAAUGAAAAAUUUUGUUAUGGCGAUGUGACUUUACACUUCAAAUAUUUAAAAGAAGGUGAAGGAGAUGAUUCAAACUUUCUCCUGGAGAAAGAAAGGGAAUGUCACUUGGAAGAAGAAACUCGUGUACUUCAGAAAGAGGAUCCUUACCUGGGACAAAUUCUUACGGAGAACAAGCAUAACUUUCAAGAUACUCAGUUUCAGAAUCCAACUUGGUGUGAUUACUGCAAAAAGAAAGUGUGGACUAAAGCAGCUUCGCAGUGCAUGCUCUGUGCUUACGUUUGCCAUAAAAAAUGUCAAGAAAAAUGUCUAGCUGAGACACCCUUUUGUGUAGGAGCUGAAAAGCGACUUGAUCGAACUGUGGGAGGUUGUAGAGCAGAAGGGCAGGAAGCUCCCCAAGCUGCAUCCUCUCGUGUUGAUUCAGAAUCUAAAUCUGUUAACAGAACUACAGGUUUGACCAGGCAUAUCAUCAAUACAAGCACCCGGUUGUUAAACCUUCGUCAAGUCCCCAAAGCUCGCCUUUCUGAGCAAGGAACAGAGGUGGUAGAACCUUCACCAAAGCACACACCAAACACUUCUGAUAAUGAAAGUAGCGAUACUGAAAUCAGUGGGCCAAGCAGUCCUUCAAAACGUGCAGCAGGUACUGGGAUAAAGUUGGUCCGAAAGGAGGGCGGUCUAGAUGACAGCGUCUUCAUUGCAGUUAAGGAAAUUGGACGUGAUCUCUACAGAAGUUUACCCACAGGGGAGCGUUUUCAGAAAUUAGAAUUUAUGUUGGAUAAGCUGCAGAAUGAAAUAGACCAGGAGCUGGAAAAUAAUAAUUCACUUGUUAAAGAAGAAAAAGAAACAACCGAUGCAAGGAAAAAAGCCUUGAUUUCUGCUGCGCUGGCUAAGUCGGGUGAAAGACUGCAGGCCCUUACGCUGCUGAUGAUCCACUACAGAGCAGGCAUUGAGGAUCUGGAGUCUUUGGAGAACAUGUCAUUAGAGCGGCAGUCCAAAAGAGCGACUAAAGACUCAGAGGAAACUAGUAUAGCAGAAGAAAUGGAUAACGAAGAUGCCAGUCUGAUGGAGGCUCCAACAUUCAACAUCAUGUCAGAAGAACCAGUUGUUCCACCUCAAUCAGUAGACUGA